UGAAACGAGUGACAAAUUAACGAUCGCUUACAAAUUAUUGAUAUAGCCCGGUACACGCAACACGUUGACAAUCAUUUCUUUUAAAAGUGUUGGAAUUACAAAAGCGCCGUUCUUCUGUAUGUUUUCAUUCCGUCUACUUGAAUAAAACCAAAAUCAAUAUUUAAGUAACAUGUGAUACUGAACAGCCAAUCAGAUUUGCGCUGGCUUCACAUUUUCCUAUUUUUGAUGCACUUUGAGGCUUAACUGCAAACCGUGAAAGCUUACACGCCGCUUGAGUGAAGUACUGUAGGAUUGCGACGGCAGUGGUGUUAUAGUACUAAAAAAGAGUAGUCUCAAGAUAUUGACAUAAGAACAAAACAGAACCUAUCAAAGUUCGGAACAGAUAUUACCAAUAAUUUUUAGAUAACAGUACGUUUGUCUUAAAUCAAAAAUGGAGAUCUGGAUACUACUAUCACUUGUGUACAUUCUUGGAGCACGACUUGCCGGUGGCUCCGGGGAGCACGAGGACGUCGGUGGCGUUGACCCUUUUGAGGAGAUUCUGGAGUACUUGAACGUGACGGACACUUCCGGCUUCACCGAGACGCGGCUACAGGAAGUGGUGGCGGUGUUUGUGAAUCGGUUCCAUUGUGAUGCUGACAGAACUACAGGCCCAUGUCAGCACAACUACUGCCUGAACAUGACGUUAUUGCUCACCGGAUGUAGUGGCCUGGUGGACGAGGAAUGCUGGGGUCAGGUGUCCAUUGACCUCCUGGCGGUCGCCCCAGCGCUUUCAGGAAGUUGUCACUCGGAGGUUCGGUCGUCGUCGACCAGUUUCGAGGAGCGCCGACUUUGGCUGACCGGAAAUAUCAGCGCCGAUGGCCGGAUAGACGUGGAACGAUUUCAGGAGUACUUGGAUAUGCUUGAUUUAGAAGCCAGUGAUAGUCAACAGGAGCAUACUGACGAAGACGAACACUCGGAGAACGAACACUUGGAGGACGAACACUCAGAGGACGGACACUCGGAGGACGAACAUACUGUCAACAAAUCUUUUAAGCCCAAUUGCUUGGGAGCGGACGUGGUUUUCCACGAGAUGGCACUUCCGGUCGAGCGGACUGCAAACUUCUCCAACCUCGCUCACUUGGCGUCGCUGGUUGUCCUUCAUAUAGUCAGAGGAUGGCCGGUGUCGAGGGAGUGUCGCUUGUUGCCAUGGCCACAGUUCUUCACGGACCACCUUCUCGAGACACUUGGGGCCGUAAACGACACCGUCACAGAAGCAGACCUGGAACAGAUAUUCACGGCACUUGAGAUCGGCAGUGUGCAGCCAGGGGCACACGCCGGACAUGACGACGCUCAUCGACGACGCCGACGGGAGGCGGACCACUCAACGUUCCUCUUGAAACACGAUUGGGAGACCACAUGUUACACGGCGGACCAACUGUACUCGGUGUUUAGCGUGGACCCGGUCGCCAUUUCCGGGGAUGAUAUUGGGCGCCUCUGUCCGGCCAUACUUCAACAGAACUUGGCCGGAAGUUGUGUGAAAGAUGCAGAAAAAAUAACGGUUCAAGGCCCAACGGACGCCGAAAAAUACGGUUACGGUACGCUGGCGACGUUGAUCGUGUGCGCAUGCUCGGCUGUCGGCGCGGUGUUUGUCCGCUGUGCGGGUUCAGUCGCCCAUUCAGUGCUUAUGUCCGUUUUCUUGGGUCUCGCCGUCGGAACUCUGUACGCGGACGCUCUCCUGCAUCUUAUUCCGGUCGCGCUCGGUGUCGAUAGCCAUGGUGACGAGGAGGGAAUGGAAGAGGAGGAGCACGAGGCGGUGGAGCCGUACGUUUGGUUCUCCCUUCUCACGUGCGCAGGAAUCUACGUGUUUUAUCUGUUUGAAAAGCUCAUAACCCUGUACCGUCCUAGUUUUUUGCGUUAUCAAUCCGAUCCAAGUUCAGGUGGCCACGGACACAGUCAUAGCUGUAUGCAGACGGCUGCACAGCAUGGGGAGGCGGCCAACGGACAGGUGGUGGUCGUUGAUCAGGCGUACCAGAAGGGGUUCAAGUCCUUCAAAGAAAAUGAUCUGGUGGAUCAAGAAAAAGUGGACACCGUUUCCAACAUGAAACAUAAACCGCAGAAACAAGGCCUGUCCACAAUAGCGGUUAUGGUGAUAGUUGGGGACGCGAUCCACAAUUUCGUGGACGGAAUGGCGCUCGGAGCCGCAUUCUCCACACGCCUGUCCCUCGGCGUCGCGACCACUAUUGCUGUGUUCUGUCAUGAACUUCCGCACGAACUAGGCGACUUCGCAAUUCUUCUUUCCUCCGGACUAUCAUUCGGCCGGGCGCUGGCCUUUAACUUCCUUUCCUCACUGACGGCACUGGCGGGGCUGUUCGUUGGGUUGGCGGCUGCCGCCGAUGACUCGGUCAAGCUGUGGAUCGUCGCUAUCACUGCUGGCAUGUUUCUGUACAUAGCUCUCGUGAAUAUGUUGCCGCAACUGCUGCUCAGAUCUGAGGAGCCCGUGCGAGAUUUCCUCCUCAACAACGUGGGAAUUCUCCUCGGUGUCGCCAUGAUGCUCAUUCUAGCCAUAUUCGAGGAGAAAAUCCAGUUAUAAUAGAAUCCAGUUCAUAUUUAUACAAGCCAAAUAUGGAGAGAACAUCUACAAGGUGGUGCUUACGAACGUUCUCCAGUCUGAGCCUGAACUCCCAUUCAGGAAAGCACUUGUAUUAAAUUACAAAGGAUUAAAUUUGUUCCGUUGGUUUUACAAUAGUAAAUGUAAAUGUUUGUACAAUUUCAAAUGGUGAUAAAAUUCAGCAAACUCCAUCAUCAAUAUUAAUGAAAGUGACAUGGAAUGAAUACUUACAAUGAUCAUCAAGGGCGUCAACAUACAUGUAUAUACUAUUUGCGAACUUUGAUUAUCAGUCAGAUUUAGACACCAUACACACUAAAUUCAGAACAGCAUUAUCACGACUAAGAGUAGCCUCACAUAGAUUAGAAAUAGAAAUGGGCAGAUGGCAUAAGCCCUCAAAAAUACCAAAGAAAUGACCGAAAAUGUCAGUCUUGUAAUACACUCGAAGAUGAAUUCCAUUUCUUCUAGAAUGUCGAUUAUGCCAUGAAUUAAGACUUAUAUAUUAAGCAAUAUUACUUGCGCAAUCCAAACCUCCAAAUACAUCGAGCUUACCUCGAGUGAAAAUGAAACUAUUGUUAGAAAACUGUUGUUUUAUUUAUAUGGGCUUUGAAAUGCGUCAGAACAGAUACUACACAAUUUUCUCCAUUUACUUAAUUGUUCGCGUUAUAAGCAAAUGUAUUAUAAUUGUAUGUACGGUGGAAACUGAACUUGGGGAACUAUGUUUGAUAGACGGCAGUUUUUUUUAUGAAAAAUGAAUAUUAAAGAGUUAAUUUGUAUAUCAAACACAUUUAACAUAUAAUGCCUCGAUUAUUAAAUAAAUACAUUUUAAUAUUUACCAAAUAGUUAACUUUGAUAUGCUGCAAACAGUUACUUCACAUUAAUAAUAUAUUCACAUGUAUUUUGUUUAUGACGGUAAAGUUGGAAGGUAGUUGGUAGUUGGGGAUUCGAAUAAUCAACUACUUACCAGUUGCCAGUUGGGGAUUCGAAUAUUCAACUACCUGCUAGUUGCCAGUAGGGGAUUCGAUAAACACUGUUUUAAUUCACUUUUAUUGGUAUAUUCGCCAGUCGGAUAUUCGACCAUUUCCAGUCGAUUAUUCGCGAAUGUUCAACUGCAAACCAGUCAGUAGUUGGGGAUUCAGUUUAUGUCUUUAUGUAUGGUUUUAAAGGUCACAUAUGGGAAAAUUAAUCGUCAAAUGUUUCUGUAUACAUGUACACAUAUGUUUCUUUGCGACAACCACUGUUUUAAUUCACUUUUAUUCGUAUAUUCGCCAGUCGGAUAUUCGACCAUUUCCAGUCGAUUAUUCACGAAUGUUCAACUGCAAACCAGUCAGUAGUUGGGGAUUCAGAUUAUGUCUAUAUGUAUGGUUUUAAAAGUCACAUGUGGGAAAAUUAAUCGCAAAAUGUUUCUUUGUGCAUCUACACAUAUGUAUCUUUGCGACAAACACUGUAUAAAAUUACCUUUUCUCGUAUAUUUGCCAGUCGGAUAUUCGACCAUUUCCAGUCGAUUAUUCGCGAAUGUUCAACUGCAAACCAGUCAGUAGUUGGGGAUUCAGAUUAUGUCUAUAUAUAUGGUAGA